AUCCCUCAUCCUUCGCCACCAGAUCCUCACAUCCUUCAACCACCAGAUCCUUCACGUCCUUCAACUUCCAGAUCCCUCGUCCUUCAACUACCAGAUCCCUCAUCCUUCAACCACCUGGUGUACGCCAGCCCAACCACAGAUCCUCCAUCAACCCAACCACAGAUCCUCACAUCCUUCAACCACCAGAUCCUUCACGUCCUUCAACACCAGAUCCCUCACGUCGCCCAACUACCAGAUCCCUCACAUCCCAACCCAACCCACCAGAUCCUUCACGUCAGCCCAACCACCAGAUUCUGCAAUCCGUCAACCACAAAUUCCUCACAUCCUUCAACCCUGCAGAUCCCUCACAUCCUUCAACCACAGAUCCUCACAUCCUUCAACCACCAGAUCCAUCCACAUCCCUUCAACCACCAGCUCCCUCCCAUCCUUUAACCACCAGAUCCUUCGUCCUUCAACCCUGCUCCCUCAUCCUUCAACCACCAGAUCCCUCACAUCCUUCAACCACCAGAUCCUUCACGUCCUUCAACCACCAGAUCCCUCACGUCCUUGAACCACCAGAUCCUUCACGUCCUUCAACCACCAAAUUCCUCACAUCCUUCAACCACCAGAUCCUUCACAUCCUUCAACCAUCAGAUCCUUCACGUCCUUCAACCAACUUAUCCUUCACGUCCUUCAACCACCAGAUUCCUCACAUCCUUCAACCACCAGAUCCCUCACGUCCUUCAACCACCAGAUCCUCCACAUCCCUCAUCCUUAAACCACCAGAUCCCUCCGUCCUUCAACCACCAGAUCCUCCAUCCUUCAACCACAGAUCCCUCAGUCCUUCAACCACCAGAUCCCUCGUCCUUCAACUACAGAUCCCUCACAUCCCAAACCACCAGAUCCUCAUCCUUCAACCACCAGAUCCUCCACGUCCUUCAACCACCAGAUCCUUCGUCCUUCAACCCACAGAUCCCUCACGUCCUUCAACCACCAGAUCCUCAAAUCAACCACCAGAUCCCUCACGUCCUUCAACCACCAGAUCCUCGUCCUUCAACACAGAUCCUCCAUCCUUCAACACCAGAUCCUCCACAUCCCUUCAACCACCAGAUCCCUCACGUCCUUCAACCACCAGAUCCUCAUCCUUCAACACCAGAUCCCUCACGUCCUUCAACCACCAGAUCCCUCAAGUCCUUAAACCACCAGAUCCCUCACGUCCUUCAACCACCAGAUCCCUCAUCCUUAAACCACCAGAUCCUCGUCCUUCAACCACCAGUCCCUCCGUCCUUCAACCACCAGAUCCUCACGUCCUUCAACCACCAGAUCCCUCACGUCCUUCAACCACCAGAUCCUUCGUCCUUCAACCACCAGAUCCCUCGUCCUUCAACCACCAGAUCCUUCGUCCUACCAGAUCCCUCCGUCCUUCAACCACAGAUCCCUCACGUCCUUCAACCACCAGAUCCUCCACGUCCUUCAACCACCAGAUCCCUCAUUCCUUCAACACCAGUCCUAUCCUUCAACCACCAAUCCGUCCUUCAACCACCGGAUCCCUCACAUCCUUCAACCACCAGAUCCCUCACGUCCUUCAACCACCAGAUCCCUCACGUCCUUCAACCACCAGAUCCCUCAAAUCCUUAAACCACCAGAUCCCUCACGUCCUUCAACCACCAGAUCCUCAUCCUUCAACCACCAGAUCUCCGUCCUUCAACCACCAGAUCCUCCGUCCUUCAACCACCAGAUCUCACGUCCUUCAACCACCAGAUCCCUCCAUCCUUCAACCACCAGAUCCCUCGUCCUUCAACCACCAGAUCCUCGUCCUUCAACCACCAGAUCUCAAAUCCUUAAACCACCAGAUCCUCACGUCCUUCAACCACCAGAUCCUCGUCCUUCAACCACCAGAUCCUUCACGUCCUUCAACCACCAGAUCCCUCGUCCUUCAACUACAGAUCCUCAAAUCCUUAACCACCAGAUCCUCGUCCUCCAACUACCAGAUCCUCAAAUCCUUAAACCACCAGAUCCCUCAUCCCUCAAAUCCUAAACCACCAGAUCCCCACGUCCUUCAACCACCAGAUCCCUCAUCCCUUCAACCACCAGAUCCCUCACGUCCUUCAACCACCAGAUCCCUCAGUCCUUUGUACAGAUCCUCCACAUCCUUCAACCACCGGAUUCUCAUCCUUCAACCACUAGAUCCUCACAUCCUUCAACCACCAGAUCCUUCACGUCCUUCAACCACCAGGUGCCUCACGUCCUUCAACCACCAGAUCCUUCGUCCUUCAACCACCAAUUCUUCGUCCUUCAACCACGAUUCCUCACAUCCUUCAACCACCAGAUCCUCCAUCCUUCCAUCAGAUCCUUCGUCCUUCAACCACGGUGCCUCCGUCCUUCAACCACCAGAUUCCUCACAUCCUUCAACCACCAGAUCCUCACAUCCUUCAACCACCAGAUCCUCCACGUCCUUCAACCAAGCUUCACGUCCUUCAACCACCAGAUCCUUCACGUCCUUCAACCACCAGAUUCUCAUCCUUCAACCACCAGAUCUCCACGUCCUUCAACUCACCAGAUCCCUCACAUCCUUCAAUCACCAGAUCCUUCGUCCUUCAACCACCAGAUUCCUCACGUCCUUCAACACCCAGAUCCCUCACGUCCUUCAACCACCAGAUCCUCUCAUUCAACCCCAGAUCCUUCACGUCCUUCAACCACCAGAUUCUCGUCCUUCAACCACCAGAUUCCUCACGUCCUUCAACCACAAGAUCCUUCACGUCCUUCACUACCAGAUCCUCAUCCUUCAACCACCAGAUCCUCACAUCCUUCAACCACCAGAUCCUUCACGUCCUUCAACACCAGAUCCUCACGUCCUUCAACCACCAGAUCCUCACAUCCUUCAACCAGAUCCUCCACGUCCCUUCAACCACCAAAUUCCUCACAUCCUUCAACACCAGAUCCUCACAUCCUUCAACCACCAGAUCCCUCACAUCCUUCAACCACAGAUCCUCCACGUCCUUCAACACCAGAUCCUCGUCCUUCAACCACCAGAUCCCUCCAUCCUUCAACCAGAUCCUUCACCGUCCUUCAACCACCAGAUCCCUCACAUCCUUCACCACCAGGUCCUCACGUCCUUCAACCACCAGAUCCUUCAUUUAAAUCCAUAG